CCCUAAGUGUAACAGAUACUUAGGCUCCUAUAGGCUAAAAAGCGCAUAUCAAGUGGCGCCAUUAGCCUAGCCAGUGAGAUUUACAUUGAUUUCUUUCCUAUCCAAAGAUUCUUAUCAUUUUCUGUAUAAAGACUAUGGGUCGCAUAUUUCCUUGAAAUCUGUUUUAUAAUUGGGGGUCUAAACUGAAAAUAUGCCUGUCUGAAUUUGAUCUUUUUAUCCUUCUGUAGUUGUCGAACAUUGCUAUUUAAUUACUAGUAGGAGUAUUAUGUUAUACAUUUCUUGAAUACGGUUGUAAUUUUACCGAGAUAAAUAAUUUCUAGCCGAUUGUUUGAAUUAAAGUUUUCAUUCACCUCGCUUUCCCUAUUUAUAGAUUUUGUUUCUGAAUGAACUCUGCGGGUACUGCGCAUGCCCCCCUUAAUUCAGUAACGAAAGGGCUUCACACUUCAUUCGACACUUUAGUAGUGUACUUCUGUAUUUAACAAGAUAAAAUGUGCGACAUUGUUUGCAUGCGAUUGUAAUAUUGUUGAAAGCUGUGGUCAGUGUAGUGGUGAAACAAUAUUGUGAGAUACCCCCACUAAGUUGUUUAUGGUUUUAGUCGUUUGAAAAUGGAAGUUAGAACAAAUUUUGUAUAGCAGAUAAUCUUCAAGAAAAUGUUGACCACCUCUACGACUUUGAUGGUGUUGGUGGCAACUGCUUUUGGAUGUUAUUUAUUUCCUAGUGACGUGCCGGAUCCGUGUCGCGGAGUGACGUGCGGCCCCGGCGAGCUGUGUCGGCCUACAGCCGACGGGAAGGGCCACAACUGCGAAUGCCCCACUUCGUGCCCCAGUUAUGGGGAUCACGAAGGCUCUCGACCCCUGUGCGCCAGCGAUGCCAAAGACUACCCUGGCAUUUGUGAGAUGCGACGCGCGGCCUGCGAAACAAAUAAUAAUAUAACUUUUAAAUAUUAUGGUAAAUGUGACCCCUGCGCGGGCGUGAGCUGUCCCGACCCUGAGGUCUGCCAACUGGACGACCGGCGCGAACCCUCGUGUCGUUGCGCGGAGUCCUGUCCCCUGGAGUUCUCCCCGGUGUGCGCGUCCGACGGCAAGACCUACUCCAAUGAGUGCCAGAUGCACAGGGAGUCGUGCCGUGCUAGGAAACAGUUGAAGAUCAUUUUUAAAGGACAAUGCAGCUCUGGCGUGAACCCGUGCGCAGAAGUAGAAUGUCGCCACGGCGCAGAGUGUAGGGUAGAAGGCAGCGGCGCGGUGUGCGCGUGCCCGCCGCCCUGCGAGCCGGUGCUGCGGCCCGUGUGCGGCUCGGACGCGCGCACGCACGACAGCGAGUGCGAGCUGCGGCGCGCCGGCUGCUUGCUGGGCAGAGAGCUGAACGUCGUGCACGCGGGCGCCUGUGGUAAAUGUUACAACUAUUGUGUGCUCGCCGAUAGCAAGCCGGUGCUGCGGCCCGUGUGCGGCUCGGACGCGCGCACGCACGACAGCGAGUGCGAGCUGCGGCGCGCCGGCUGCUUGCUGGGCAGAGAGCUGAACGUCGUGCACGCGGGCGCCUGUGGCUCAAACGGCGUGUGCGCCGGCCGCGUGUGCCCGCACGGCGGCGAGUGCGUGUCGACCGGCGGGCGCGGCGUGUGCCGCUGUCCGCGCUGCUCCAACGAGUUCGCGCCCGUCUGCGGCUCCGACGGCAUCUCGUACGGCAACCGCUGCAAGCUGCAGCUCGAGGCGUGUCGCCACCGCCGGCACGUGCAAGUGUUGUACGACGGACCCUGUAAUGGCUGCGAAAAUAAAAAGUGCGAAUACUACGCAGUUUGCGAGAGUGAUGGAAUUUCAGAAGCCAGUUGCGUUUGCCCUAAACAUUGUGAAGAAGGAACUGAGACUGAAGAAAUUUGCGGCAAUGAUAAUAAAACCUACAGCAGUGUUUGCGCUCUCCGCGACGUUGCUUGCCGUGAGAAGAUAGGUCUUCACGUCAAGCACAUGGGUUCUUGCGAGUCAUGCGGCGGCGUCCAAUGCCCCAACGGCAUGUGGUGCUCGCGCGGCAAGUGUGCGUGCGCCACGACGUGCGCAGACGCGCCGCGCGAGCCCGUCUGCGCCGACAGUCGCCGCACCUUCCCCAACGAGUGCGCGCUGCAGAGGACGGCCUGUGAAGCGCGCAUGCGAGGAGAGACUGCCCCACAAGUCGCGUACUUUGGAGAGUGCACAGGACUUCACGAUCAGAAUAACACUGUUGGUUUCAACAAAUCUGCCAAAAUAAUGGACCAAGCUAACGACAUACGCGCAGUAGAUGACAACGACACAUCAACCGAGGCCGCCAUGGGAACUGCCGUCUGUGCUCGAGUACAAUGUGCUUACGAAGCGACCUGUGCAGUCGAUGGUAACGGCCAGCCCCGGUGCGCCUGUCUCUUCGACUGUGCAGCUGCUGCGGCGGCUGCAUCCGCACCUGUGUGUGCAUCUGAUUUGAGAAUGUACCCAACAUUGUGCCAUAUGAAGUUGGAGGCGUGUCGACGGCAAGAAGACUUGAGAUUACGUCCGUUGGCGUUGUGUCGAGGAUUGGAGUUUCGUCCUUGUGGAGAUGACGAGCCUCUAACAGACGCAGGCGGUCGCCCCAUGGACUGCGGUGGAGGCCCGCAUCGCAAGGAUUGUCCAGCUGGCAGCUAUUGUCACCAUACUGCUAAAGCAGCGCGCUGUUGUAGAAAAGAUAAGACAGUUGUAGACAAGAAAGACUGCCAAGAGUCGUGGUACGGGUGCUGUGCGGACGGCGUCACAUCGGCCCGAGGUCCCGGAGGAUCAGGUUGUCCCUCCCAAUGCGGGUGUCAUAGACUGGGCUCAGUGUCGGAGCAGUGUGACGAGAGCGGACAGUGCCAGUGCCGGCCAGGAGUGGGGGGGCAGAAGUGCGACCGCUGCGAGCCUGGCUAUUGGGGCUUGCCAAGGAUCGGCACUGGACAUACUGGAUGCAUACCCUGCGGUUGCUCAGCGUUUGGCUCGGUGCGGGAAGACUGCGAACAAAUGACGGGUCGUUGCGUCUGCAAGUCCGGAAUACAAGGACAGAAGUGCACCGUUUGCUCCAACCACGAACACACCCUUGGUCCCAAUGGAUGUUUUGACCCGGAAUCAACGCAACUUCCCGCCACUGACUGUGAACACAUGACGUGUUACUUCGGAGCAUAUUGCGUCAUACGCAGCGGGCUCGCCACUUGUGAAUGCGGCGCUCCGGAGUGCGCCGGCACCGAAGCUCCAGCCGUUUGCGGCAGCGACGGUCGGACCUACCUCUCCACCUGCCAUCUACGAGCGCACGCUUGCAGGAGCCAAUCAGACAUCGUGGUCCAGGCGUUCGGACCUUGCGUUGAAGACACCCCGACAGUCAGGCGAGAAAAAGUACAUGUAGCUUCAGUGAAAGUCGAAGCGAGCGGUUGUAAUAAAAACGUCCCAAAGCAUGUCGAUAUUGAAACUGAAACGGAAGAGGAGCAAUACAUAACGAAUGAGGUCGAGGAAAACUAUCCACUGUAUGAGGAAUAUUUUGACGAAAAUGAGAACGAAGUAUUUACUACGCCAUUGUUCGAUGGGCAGGCAAGAAUCACUGCUCGUACUAGGUUGCCAUCUAAACGAUUCGAUAUUUGGGCGGAAGUUUCAGCAGUUUGCGGAAAGGGGGCUUUAAUAAGUGCCUCAGGUGUGAGAGAUUAUUUAUGGCUCGGUUUCGUAGACGACAGGGCCGCCCUCCGAUGGGACGCUGGGAAUGGGCCUUCGGAACUGCAAACUGGGAAACUAAAAGUCGAUGUCAAGUCCAAAGUAUCCGCAAGAAGAUACAAGAAAGACGCAAUGCUGAAGUUAGGCUCCACCACUGCUCGAGGGACGACGCACGGUCGGAUGAGUUCGCUUGACGUAGAUCCGUAUAUUUACGUCGGUCAUCCACCAGACAAUGUUACAAAGUUAGCGGGCACUCACGCACUGCACGGGUUCGUUGGGUGCGUGCACCGCUUGCGUGUGAGCGGCCGUGACGUCAUACCGCCGUCCCGAGGCCUGGCCAUCACCGCUCACGGGGUUCGACCUUGCACGCCGUACAAUAUCGCCCAGAUCGUUUGCCCUUGAUAUUAAAAUUAUUCUUAGACAAGUCAUUCGGCGAUAAAAAGAGCCUGUACACAGGUACAUAGGUAAACAUAUCGUACAACCUCUCCUAGAGCUUUUGCCCUUGACCUUGAAAUUGUUCUUAAAUAAGUACCUAACAUUACAGGCAAUAUAAAGAGUAUACUUACCUGUCAAAUAUGAACUUCGCUCACGGGGUUCGACCUUGCACGCCGUACAAUCUUGCCUAGAUCGUUUUCCCUUGAUAUUGAAAUUGUUUCUAGAUAACUAUUAUAAGCGAUUUAAAAAGUAUACUUAUCUGUCAAUAACGAUUUUCGCUCACGGGGUUCGACCUUGCACGUCAUAAAAUCUCGCUCAGAUCAGUUUGCCUUGGACAUUAAAAUUAUUUUUAGACAAGUCAUUCGGCGAUAUAAAGAGCCUAUACACAGUUACAUAGGUAUAAGUACAUGUCGUACCAUCUCUACCAGAUAAUAAUAAUAAUAAUAAUAAUAAUUUAUUUAUUCAUCAGAAAGCAGGUUUACAAAGAUUACUUAAAUAUAUUAGAUCUUUUGCUCUUGACUUUGAAAUUGUUCUUAGGUAAGUCCUUAACAUUACAGGCACUAUAAAGAGUAUAGUACUUACUUGUCAAUCAUGAAUUUCGAUAACGGGGUUCGACCUUGCACGCCGUACAAUUUUGCCUAGAUCGUUUUCCCUUGAUAUUGAAAUAAAUUGUUCUUAGAUAAGUCCUUCACAUUGUGGUCGGUAUAAAGAGCAUACCUUCUUAGAUACGUCGGUUCACAUAAAGGUUUAUGGAGCUUAAAUAACAAUUGACUUGCUUGUUGUAUUAACUUGAACUACUCGAUUAUAGUGUUCAAAAAUUAUUGUGUUUAAAAUAAAAUAA